UUUCCAACGGAACCUGACUUUUCGAUAGAUGAAUAAUUUUUCAUGAAGAAGUUUCUACUUUAUCUCAUGUCUUCCCCCACCAAUUGUUGCACAUUCCACACCAAGCAUCAAAAGAUGCGAUAUCUCGACACAUAAACAAAUCGUCUGUGAAAGAAGCAACACGUACAUAGAGUAGGGCAGAAUAAUUAUUGAUGUGUUCACCAAGUUUAUAGAGUUGUACAGAUUUGUUAUUCAGUGUUUACAAUUAUAGACAUUAGUCUUUAUUUCUUUCCAAUAUUUACCGGAGUGACUAUUCAUUCAAGCUCAACCAAAAAUUUGAUUUGGAUGUUUGGAACCAUGAGAGAAAGAGAAGAAUUUUCAAGUCUGCCACCAAUUCCAUCCACUGAGGCUCCAUUGUCUCGAGCUUUAGGUCUAGAAGCUUUGCACAAUGUUUGUAAAGAAAUUUAUCCAGAUCAAAGCAAUCCUUUGACUGUAACAGCAAUUAUAAAAUAUUGGUUGGGUGGUCCAGAUCCUUUAGAUUAUAUUAGUAUGUAUGAAAACCCUGGAUGUCCAGAACUUGGAGUUCCACCUCAUUGGCACUACAUUAGUUUGGGGCUUUCGGAUUUACAUGGAGAUGGAAGACUUCAUCCGAAAAGUAGUCCAGGACAGCCGAGUGGAUUUGGAUUUGAAUUAACAUUUAGACUAGUUCGAGAGUCUGGUGAAACAUCUCCACCAACCUGGCCAGCAAAUGUGAUGCAGCAAUUGGCAAAAUAUGUAUUUAACUCAGGGAAUAUGUUACUUCCGGGUGAUCAUGUAUCAUGGCAUUCUCCUUUAGGUAAAGAAAAUGGAAGAAUUACACAAAUUUUAAUGGGAAAGGAUGCUCAAUUUCUGGAUUCUAUUUCUACUCCACAUGGAGAGGUAUCAUUUGUUCAAAUAAUCGGAGUAACUUCCGAAGAGCUUCAAGCGGCACAGCAUUGGAAUGGCUUAGGAGUCAUAAAUCUUUUAAAAACAACACAAGACUGUGGCCCGUGGCUCGUGACAAACAUCAAUCGAUCACACUCCGCUAUGGAACAAGAUCCAACAGUUGCUGAAAAAAUACAAACUGGGAUUGAAAGGGAAGGGUCUAACUUAAGUGGAGUUUCAGCCAAGUGUUGGUGGGUUCAGAUGACGAAUAAUAUUAGUCCGGAAAAAUACAGAGAAAAGACUAAAGAUGUUUCGGAUGAUGAAGAAGAUGAUGUAGAAAAAGAAGAAAAUGAUGAUAGUAUUGAAAAUUGUCCACCUAGAACCUCUAUUAAAUCUGAUAAAUUAUCAUCGGAUCGCACAGAUCCAUCCAUUCUCAAUGAUAAUUUUACUGCUAAACCAUUAACCGGACUUCAUUUAACAUUUAAUUUAGAAGCUGGCAGCCUUCUUCCUCUUGCAAUCAAGGGAAGAAUAAUGCAUGGACGACAUUUUACAUUCAAAUCAGUGCUAUCACAUUCAGCAAUAACUGUCGUAGCAUCAUCAGUCACGGGAACUUUAGUUUCCUCAGAAAAACCCUAUGUAGUUCAAGGGCCUUGGCUUCAAGUACUCAUUCCUGAUGCUUUAGCUGUGAAAAUGGCCGAAGAAUUUCAAGUUUUCAGUCUUCCAAAUAUUCAAUUACCACGUACUUUCUCAUGGCCUGAAUAUAAUCUUGCGAUAACGAUCGUUACUGAUUGACAGACGAAUAAGAGUGAGUAUAAAUAGAACAGAAAGACAAAAAAAAAUAAUUGAGAAGAAUGCGAGAUUUAUUUAAUGAAAAAUAAUAGUCAAUAGAAAUAAUAACACGGCAACGAAAGGUAAAACAUAUAAUCUAACAUAACACAGAAUAUAAUUUAUUUUUACUGAUUAAUGAUAAAUAGGUGAUAUAGAUAAAUGCCAUCAAUUUUUUGUGGCUAAUAUAUAUAUAUUUUUAUAUAUAUAUAUAUAUAUAUAUAUAUAUAUAUAUAUAUAUAAUGUAUAUAUAAUGCGGAUAUGAAUAAACGAGAUUUUUACACAUUGUUGAUAUAAUGAAAAUUAAAAUUUAUGAACAUUUAUUUAUUUUUAGAAUAUUUUGUAACAAUUUUUCUUUAUAUUAAUCAUAUCAAAACUUUGUAGUAUUGCGUUUCUUACGUAUUCCAUGAGUUUUCUUUCGUGAAAUUGUUUUUACCCAUAAGCCGUUUUGAACAGAUGAAACAGAAUCAAGUUUCUCUUUUCUCCAAGAAAAUACAUUCAGUAGCCUUAGUGGAUUAUAUGGACCAUAGUUCUAUUAUUAAGUAAGAAAAUCAAAAUUACAAUGGAUCAGAUAAUAAAGGAAAUUUUUUUUUACUUUGUUGAUUGUGCCAAACAAGAACCGUCCAACGCCAAUCCAGAGAAUUACAACUAAACAAGCUGAUGCAAAGUCUUCUACGUCUUCAGUAUUAAUGGAACUAACAACGUUAACAAUCCCACGAAAUACAUUCGCAAAUGUUUGCAUUGCUUCUAUACAUAAAUCCCUCAAGAAACAUACAACUUGAAAUAAUAGAUUGAAGAUGACUAUUGCGAGAUCUAGUGAUCUUACUAAAAAUUCUAGCAUUAUAUCAGCUAAAAGUUCUGAUGUAUCCCAAAACCACAGGCUAGUUCCAUGGAAGACGUAAGCCAAUUGAUCAUAAAUAUUUUGCGCUCGACUAGGCAUUUUUAUAACAAUUUUUUUGUACUACCGUUAAUGCUACUAAUUUUUUUGUAUAAUUCAAAAACCGUUAAUUUUUGUUAUUUCACUAAACAUUUAACUGAGUAAAACACUUUUAGUCAACUUGAAAUUUAUGAAUAAAUCAUUGGUUAUAUUGUAAAAAAACAAACAUUUAGUCGUACGGUCUGAAUAUGACGGGAAAUCAUAAGAUAAAAAAUAAUAUUUCAGACAGCUGAUUGUUUCAUUAUGAUUUUUAAUCAAUUAAUUUAUUUUGUACAUACAUAAUGUUUUAUUUAUAUCGCUAUAAUAAUUAAGAUAAUUUCUUUUAUUAGUUAUUAUACGUAAUUAUGAAAAGUUUUAUUGCACAUGUCAAUAUUUAAAGCGGUAGACUGAUGGAUAUUUGAUAAGGCAGUGCAGAUUUGUCAUUUUUAAGAUUAUUGAUGAAAGCAUAAUAUUAUUAUUGUACAUAUAAAUAGAGAUAAAAAUAAAUUGGCAUUAAUUGGUACACUAUUA